AUGGCUGAUGAUCACUCAACUGAAUUACAGUUAAAUCAUACAGAUAACAACACAACCAAUACAAAUAAUACCUCCACAACCUCAACAACAAAAAACAAAAGUGCAAAAAUCGACACACCUAAAAAACAAACCCCAACAAACCAACUCUCACUAAACAAAGGACUUGAUAAUCAAUUAGAUAUCAUUGCACCUCCAUCAAUCACAAGACCACUCUCUUUCUUAGAAAAAAACAAUAACACCAUCAACAUUAAGUGUUACUUUAAUCAACCACACAUCCGUGAAGAAUUAACCUCAAAAGAUGACACAAGAAUUCAACAAAUUCACAAAAACAUUCACAAACUCUUCGAAGAUAUACUGUCGCCAUCAGCAUUCAAAAUAAUUGGUGCAACUGCCUUCGUAAAUUGCAACGUUGAUAAAUUAACUUCAAUAAUCAACCUUCAAAACCAACUUGCACUAAAUAUCGACAAACUCAACUAUAGAUUCGAUAUAUCAUCAAAUGAUUAUGCAAUCAUUAAAACAUUCAUUAAAACGUACUCACCCAAACAUGCAAACGAUGCAAUUACAAACAACCUCACUAAAUUCACCAGUUGUACAUCAAUUGAAUCAUUUACUGUCACAUACUCAUAUGCUGUUGCGUUGAAAAGCUACAUUAUAACAUAUCAUCUAAUUGAUCACACACACAACAUUGUUGAUCAAAAGAUCGAACAACCAUCUGGUAUCACAAGAUAUAUCAAAGCUGCAACACGUAGUGUCACUAAACACAAAAUUCAACAUGCAAAAAAUGCAGAUAUGGCAACAACUAUAAAAAAUGCCAUCACAAACCCAAACAUGAACAAAAACAAUCAACCACCAAAAAACAACAUUAACACCCCACCAAUCAACGAAAUUGCAAAUUCCAACCGCAAUAAUAACUCACUUCAAAAUAGUGGUUCAAAAGCUAUACUAAAUGAAUCACUUGAUAUUAACAAUCAAUCCCAAAACAAUAAUGAAAUUUCACACAAAAGUGAUUCUUCAAAUAAUAAUAACGGGAAAAACUCAUUAUCAAUAAGCAAUCCAACCGAUCCAACAAUUGUACCACAAAAACCUCUACAAUCUCAACCAAACAAACCAAGUGCACCAACUCCAAAUCCAAUAAAUACAAGAAGAAGCAGCAAUGCCCUGACUACACAACCAGUCAAUACUGGUGCUGCCAAACCUAGUAAGGUAUGA